AUGCUCAACAUGUCUGCCAUCGGCAAUCGCAAUAGCACGCCGGUCGAGUCGAAUAGUACCUCGUCACUUCGCCCGCCUUCUUCUCGUGCCAUAGGUGCUAAUCAUCACCUUCGUGCGUCCGCAGACAUGGCAAAUUUCACGUCUCCCUCCUCGAACCGAAUUCGACCGUCCUCUGAUUUUUAUGGCACUCAGCAAGGUCAAGGACAAGGAGGGGCUGAAAACGAUGCUUCGGACAAGAUCGCUCAACAAUGGAUCGCCGACAUUGACCAGUAUGAGACUACGUUGGAGGAGAUGGCUGCUGCGACCCUCGACCAGGAUUUCAAGGACGAGUUGAGCGCCAUCGAACAAUGGUUCAGAGUUCUGAGCGAGGCUGAGCGUACAGCCGCUCUGUAUGCUCUCCUCCAGCAGACAACCCAGGUUCAGAUCCGUUUCUUCAUUCAAGUAUUACAACAAAUGGGAAAGAACCAUCCUAUGUCAGGCGUCCUUUCUCCGUCCAAUUUUGACAAAGAUCCAAUGUCGAAUCGGCUCAGCGAUGCAAUGAACAAGCUCAGUGUUGAUGGCUCGAGGAACUCUUUGACCCGACCUCCCGCGACUCCCUCUGCGAAGAGGCACUCUGGACUCGAUCCAUCCACAAUCAACGCUAUGUUUCCUGAUGCCGCAGCUGCAAUUGCUACCGAGAAGGCAAAAUUCACACAGCAAACCGGAAACCCGCCCUCCUCCAACCGGAACAGUGCUGCCUAUGAUUCUCGUGCCUCCCUUGCAGCUCCUACCAUCUCGGGCCCUGCUGAGACCAUCGACAAUAACGGUGCACCACCUUCCUCUCCCUGGGGCUCUCGCAGCAAUGACCAAGCCGCCAGACCAAAAUCUUCUUCUGGACAAGCACCCAUGGGACAAUUCAUGCAAGCCAAUCCCUCUGGCGGCCUGCGAUCCCCUGUGGCCCAGAUGGGUGGAAACUCGAAUCUUCAAAGCACUACUAUCAACGCACCUGACAAUCAAAAUUCUGAUUUGCCGAUGCUAUCACCCUAUGCUGGCAACGGGUCUUGGGCGAGCAUGGUGAACACGCCUCUAGUUCCGAACUUCAACACUGGUGGUAAUACCCAAGCCGACAUGGUAGCAAAUGCAACCGCGAUGAAGUUAGCUGCACUGAGUACCGUGAACAAUCGAUUUGCCUUGGAUGACGUCCGGAAAUACCGCCGAGCUAGAUCCAACGAUGGUCAUGGCUCGACUGGACAAGGCCCAAUAUCUCCCAAUAACAUGCCCGGCAACGUGGUCAUGAUCAACGAACAUGGUCAGGUCCUGAAUCGGGAUCAAAUUUUGGCUCUCCAGGCCCAACAAAACUCGGCAUUUGCCGGGCGUAGAUCUCGACCCAGCUCUCCCGGUUUGGCAAUGCAAAGUGGUGGAUUUGGUCAAAUGGGUUUUGUUUCACCACAAAAUAACAACUUCCUUGCACCAUUCGAUGGAUCAUCCCCGCUUCUCAAUGGUAUGGGUAACCUCAACAUUGGUCAGUUCGGUUUAGGGGGUCACGAGGGUUAUUUAUCGGACGGUGACAUGGCAAGAGGACGUUCUCCGCGUGGCAGGAGGGGCAGUUCCAAACCUCCGGAGGAUCCGACCGACCCCAGCCUUCUUCAAGACAUCCCUAGCUGGUUGAGAAGCUUGAGGCUCCAUAAGUACACGGAUAACCUUAAAGACAUGAAUUGGACUGAACUUGUUGAGCUAGACGAGAAGGCUCUAGAGGAAAGAGGGGUUAAUGCUUUGGGAGCACGAAGAAAGAUGCUCAAAGUCUUCGAGCAGGUGAAAGAAGCCAAAGCAGAGGGCAAACUCUCAUAA